CACGAAGCCUCUCCGUCGCCCUUUUGGGCCAUCGAUUUUGAUCGCGUUUUUACACCGCGGACGUUUCCUCCGCGGACGUUUCCUGUGAAUUGCCGGUGCCUCGACCGAACCCGGUGGGGCCAGCAACGCCGUCGAUUUGCCCAUGGCCCUGAGUGCAGAGAAGCUGCGCUGCUUGCAGUUCCAUGAGAGGCAAGCAGCAAAGCGAGAGGCUCUGGAAGCGAAGCAGAGGCAAACCUUGAUGGAUUUUUUGGAAGACAAUGGCUUCGACCCGCACGACGUGAAUGCCGCGGGAACGAGGAAUGCGGCGGUUCCGACUUCGGCGUGUUGGGGGCGAAGGCUCCGGUGGCAGCGACCGUUGCACAAAGCUGCCCUGGACGGGAAUAUGCAGGUCAUUUUGCUGCUUGUGGCCUAUGGAGCAGACCCAAUGAAGAAGGAGUUUCGCUCGACCAACUCCUGCGGGUCUGCAGCUGCUUUUUGAUUGUCGACCUGGAGAAGUGACUAAGUCGUGUGGGGGGCCCUCAUCGGUGACCC